AUGGAUGUUCCACUGGGAUUGAGAGUAUCUUCAGUUUUAGCGAGCUUUGCAUCAGAUGUCGUGGAUACAUUUGUAAAAAUCAAGAAACCAGGCCAAAGAGAUGACGAUGAUGAUGAAGAUUAUAAGGAAGCCGACGAGCAAAGCAGUGAAGCAGAACAGCCUGAAGAAAUAGAAAUUGGAAAACUGGAUACUGGAAUUGUCAAAAAUGAAGUUUUAUAUAUUGCUGUUAUAAGUAUCCUUGGCGUAGUUGCAGGACUAAUAGCCAUUGGAUGGAUCCUGCAUUGCAUAUUUGCAAGAAAGAAGAAGGCCUAUGAUGAAGAGAAGCCACCUCCACCAGAUUUCAUACAGAAGCAUAAAGACUAUUGGGAUACAGUUAUGCAAUGGGCAAAGAAGGCCCCAAUUCAUAAACUUAAAGAGGUAAUUGUGGUAAAGGAUGAGAUUCCAAUUAACAAACCUAAAAUAUCUGAGAUACCAGAAGAAAAGAAGACCAAAGCUGGUGAAACUAAAAUAUCUCAGAAAUCUGAUAAAGUGUUUUCCAAGGAGAUGAAAAAGGUGGAAUUGCAGGAAGUUCCACUAUCAUCUAUGGAAAUACCUCAAGAGAAGAAGGAGACCACAGCUAGGAAACUUAAAAAAUUUCAUAAAACAAAGACAAAGAAAAUAUCUCCUAAAUUACAAGAGCAUAAGAAAGAGCACAUAAAAUCCAAGGAGCUGGAAAAAGUGGAAUUGCAGGAAGUUCCAAAAUCAUCUAUAGAAAUACAAAGAGAGCUUCAAACUAUGGACCAGGUGUCUCCUGUCAAGGAAAGUACACCACAAAUCAUUAAAAAAGUGUCAGAAUUUAGAGGAAAACCAGAAAAAGUUUCAGUGCCAGGGGAACCAAUAUUUAAAAGUAAAAGGAUUAGAUGUUAUAUGUGGAAUGAAGAUUUGCCCUCCGGUGUGCAACAGCCUGAUGCAACACUACGACCAAUAUUUCCUGGCAAAGUUACACCAAUUACUAAUAAAGAUAGGUGA